GGGGCUGCCCGCCGCCCGCCGCGCCGGAGCCCGCGGCGCGCCGCCCAUGCGAGACCCCCGCGGCCCGGGCAGCGCGCAGCGACCCCCGGCCGGGCCAGGCAUGUGAAGAUGUCAGUGGGCUGUGCAUGCCCUGGCUGUUCCUCUAAGUCGUUCAAGCUGUACUCGCCAAAGGAGCCCCCGAACGGCAACGCCUUCCCCCCCUUCCACCCGGGCACCAUGCUGGAUCGAGAUGUGGGACCUACUCCCAUGUACCCACCGACGUACCUGGAGCCUGGAAUUGGGAGGCACACGCCGUACGGGAACCAGACCGACUACAGGAUAUUUGAGCUCAACAAGCGGCUGCAGAACUGGACAGAGGAAUGUGACAAUCUGUGGUGGGACGCCUUCACCACGGAGUUCUUUGAGGAUGACGCCAUGUUAACAAUCACUUUCUGCUUGGAGGAUGGACCAAAGAGAUACACGAUCGGCCGGACUCUGAUUCCCCGUUACUUCCGCAGCAUCUUUGAAGGGGGGGCCACAGAGCUCUACUACGUGCUCAAGCACCCCAAGGAGUCCUUCCACAACAACUUCGUCUCGCUGGACUGCGACCAGUGCACCAUGGUCACCCAGCACGGCAAGCCCAUGUUCACCCAGGUGUGUGUGGAGGGGCGGCUCUACCUGGAGUUCAUGUUCGACGACAUGAUGAGGAUAAAGACGUGGCAUUUCAGCAUCCGCCAGCAUCGAGAGCUCAUCCCCCGCAGCAUCCUUGCCAUGCAUGCACAGGACCCCCAGAUGCUGGACCAGUUAUCCAAGAACAUCACCCGCUGUGGGCUCUCAAACUCCACACUCAACUACCUCCGACUCUGUGUAAUCCUAGAACCAAUGCAGGAGCUCAUGUCACGGCACAAGACCUACAGCCUCAGUCCCCGGGACUGCCUCAAGACUUGCCUCUUCCAGAAGUGGCAGCGGAUGGUCGCUCCACCUGCGGAGCCAGCGCGGCAGCAGCCCAGCAAGCGCCGGAAAAGGAAGAUGUCGGGGGGCAGCACCAUGAGCUCCGGCGGGGGAAACACCAACAACAGCAACAGCAAGAAGAAGAGCCCAGCCAGCACCUUUGCCCUGUCCAGUCAGGUACCUGAUGUGAUGGUGGUAGGCGAGCCCACGCUGAUGGGGGGGGAGUUUGGGGAUGAGGACGAGCGGCUCAUCACCCGGCUGGAGAACACGCAGUUUGACGCCGCCAACGGCAUCGACGACGAGGACAGCUUCAACAACUCGCCGGCACUGGGGGCCAACAGCCCCUGGAACAGCAAACCGCCCUCCAGCCAGGAGAGCAAGUCAGAGAACCCCACGUCGCAGGCGUCGCAGUAACGGCCCCCCCGCCGCCCCGUGGACUCAGUCCCAACCGAUCUACCUGUACAUUUGCAACGGAGAGUGACUGGGAAGCGGCGAGGUACCGGGGGCGGAUUGGCGCCGUGCGGCCGACGGGGUGCACGGCCUGGGGCGCGUGCCCGGCGGGCAGCCCCCAGCCCUCUCCCCCCGCCGCCUCCCCGCUCCCCCCACACCUGUCUCCCCGCCGGACCCCAGAGCAGGGGUGGGCUUCCGGGGCCGUAGCUUCGUUAUUCCCCUUUCUCCCUCUUCCUCCCUGCUUCUUCCCCGGAGAGCUUCUCAUCCCCGCCCUGAUGUGCCCAGCCUCUGCCUGCUGAGCGGGGAGAAUUAGGAGGGAGGUGUCGGCAGUGGCCGGCACGACCGAGAAGCUAGCGGCGUGCGAAUGCCAUGUGUUGGGGUCUGGCACAGCCCAGAGACCCUCCUCCUCUCCUCCUCCUCCUCCCCGGGUCCUACGGCUGGGGUUUGCUGGGCAGCCACCUGCAGCAGGGUUGCACAUCCCCAGCCCAACCUGGGGCUGGGUGGGGGGGCCGGUGAUGGAAGGCCUUCCCCGUGCUGCCGGCUCUGCCACGGAGCUUCCUCCAGCUGGGGUCGGAUCCUGCUGCGCUGGGCUGGUGUUGAGGAUAGGGCCCCGUCGCAUUUCCCUGCUCUCCUGCACCCUCCCUUUCCCCUCGCUCCCCAGGGGCAAGAGCGCAGCAGGGCCGUGGGGGGACUCUGUAUAUAGGAAGCACGUGGUGGGGGGGUUUGGGGGGACUGGGGGGGGUGCACGGAGGACCUGCGGCUCUGCCAGAGCAGCCGGUGCCUGGGCUCCCUGCCCACAGCCCCUGCGUUUCCCCCCACCCCGCGUGAGUCCGCCUGGGGCCCCUUUGCAACCCCCGGCUCCCAGUACCUCCUACUUUUGUCUUUUUUUAAGAAAAAAAAAUAAUAUUAUUAAAAUUGUAAGUUUAAAAAAAAGAAAAAAAAAAAUGGGACAAGCCCUCCCCAGCCCCCUCGCCGGUUCCCCCCUCCCCACCCUGAGCCCUCUCACCCUGUCCUGACUUUUGUACAGGCUUCUUCUCUUGGGAGUCUCGUUUUAUAUCCAGUUCGGAGAGCUUCAAACCAAGGAGAGACUUUGCAGACUUCCUUUCUAAUCCCUCCAGGGGCCGGGGGGGGGCAGCCCCCCGCCUCCCUCCUCAAUGUAAAUCUUGUGUGCUGUUGUACCCGCUCCCCCCACCCCCGCCUCGGGUUCGUGUACCUCGUGCUUGUACAUUUCCGCGCUGUAGACAGUGUGUACGAUACUGUUCUUUCAAUGUGUUAUCACUAGAGCAGGUGCCUCCAUUGAUGUUAGGGGAAACGAUGAGAAAAAUAAUAAUUUUGGGGGUUUUUUUGGUUUAAAAAAAAGAAAAAGAAAAAAAAAAAUCCCUUCCAAGGCUUCUUCCAAGGAGAAGAUGGGAGGUGCUGGGGGAGGGCGUUUGUGCUCACCAGCUCACCCCAGCAGCCUCGGAGGGGGGUUUUGGGGGGAGCUGGGGGUCAGGGCUGCCCAUGGGCACCCCCCGGCAUGGCCCCGAGGUGGGGUUGCAGCGAGCGCUGCCACAGGGGUGGCCGGGGUAGUGGGGGGACUGCCCUGGUGUGGUGCGGGGGUGCGUGUGUGCAGGAGUGCGUGUGCGAGAGGUUUGUGCGUCUGUCUGUGCGUGUGUAAGGGAGCCCGGGGCAGGCGGAGCAGCCCUGCGGUUUGGGGGAGGGGGGGUGCACCCCACUCUCCACCAGACCCCCCCUCUCCCAGCUCCCCGCAGGGGAUCCCGCAGGCGGGGAUCCCGCAGCACGUGUCCUGCUGCCCCAUGGGGCUGGCAGGAGUCCCUGAGGGGCUCCCCCCCUGCACGGGGUCUCUGGCUGCAGCAGGGGUGUCGCCUGCACCCUGUGUCUCGCCCACUCGUGGCUGAGACUGCAAGGGGUGGCCGAGCCAGGGGGACACACCCCCACCCCCUGCGUCCCCCCUCCUGCUGUCCCCGAGGUCUGGCAGGGAGACGGGAGCCCCUUGGCUCAGUCCUGGCCUGAUCUCAAGCCCCAGAUCCCCGGAGAGCCACCUGCGUUGGCUCCUGGGCCCCUCCACGGGCAGCCUGAAGGUGGAGGGCUCAGCCCCGCUGACCCCCAGCCGCAGGCAUGGGGGGUCCCCACGGCCCCUUUGCAGGUGGGGGAUAGGCUCCCAGGGUGGGAGCCCGGCGUGGUGGCGAGGGGGGGCUCUGCAUUGCAAUUAAGGUACGAUUCUCGCCGCUGCGCUGCUGGGCUCCUGUGGAGGGUGUGUAGCCCCUCGCUGCCCCCCCCCCCCCCCCCCCCCCGGGCACACUGUAAUGCCUUUUUGUUUCUUUUUUUUUUUUUUUUUUUUUUUCUUCCUCCCCUCCAUAGUUUGUGCCAUUUAUGAGUCAUGUAUGGUACCAAUAAAAUGACUUUUCGGUU